CUGGUCCGCGAACUCAAAGAAAAACAAAGGAAAUUAUCAAGACAUUCAAUGACAUCAAAGACUAAUGGACCCCAUAGACGUUAUAACAAAUCGGAAUAUCAGGAGUGUACGUGUAAAAUGGAUAAGAGUUUGAACAGAGGAAUGUUGAACAAGUUUGAGAGUCGCAAGAUUUGUGUAGCUGGUUAUCAGUGUCACAAUAGUGAUUUUGAUUUUUGCAUUGCGGAACACAGCAAGUUGCCUGUGAUAAAAAUCUGUUCCGAUGAAGGAAGAGACGAUUGUCAACAAUUGAAACCAAAAGGGACUGAGGCUUCUUUUGGAACUACUGUGAUAACUGCACCAAUUCUUUUUAUUAUUUCAAUUUUGUUUAGCAGGGUGACGGUUAAUGUACUUGUUUUUGUAGUGCGUGUUGUGCUAUUUCAUCUAACUGUGUAUGUUGUGACGCGGUACAUGUACGAUGCUGUGCGUCGGUAUUUUGCAUUAUCAGCAGGUUUUGUGUUAGAGUGUUUUGAUGGCAGCGAGGUGACGAGAAGAGAAGUUAAUGAGCUAGUUGUACAGAAGGAAAAUUGUGUUGUGGGGGAAAUAAAAGAAGUCGAAUUGAGAUCUCGUCGUGGGAAAUUUAUUUAUAACAGAACU